AUGCUCCGCGUCGCCCUGAAUCGGUCGGCCCUCCCGCGGCGGCGGUGCGCCCUCCCGCGGCGCGUCCAGCUCCGGUCCUUGACCGCGUCGGGCUACAAGAAGGUCCUGGUGGUGGUCAAGCACACGCCCUACGAGGCGUACACGCAGCUGCGGCUCCAGGGCAAGGCGCCCAAGGCCCUGCGCUGGGAGCGGCUGCUGGACCGCCACGAGUCGCACCGCGCGUGCGUCGAGGAGCUCUGCGCGAUCGUGCGCCGCGAGGUGAGCCCGAGCAACGUCACGGUCGUGAGCCGCGACGACCUCGGGCGGCACCACGUCGAGGACGUGGACCUGCUCGUGGCCGUCGGCGGCGACGGGACGGUCCUGUCCUGCACGCACUUCGUGGACUCGCAGACGCGCGGCGGCGCGGGCGGCCGCGGGCCCGUCGUCCUGGGCGUCAACUCGGACCCGACGAAGGCGCACGAGCGCGUCGGCGCCUGCGCCAAGUCGUCCGACGAGCGCCGGUCCUACGGCGCGCUCUGCUUCGCCAAGGCGGACAACAUGGAGGACCUCGUGCCCCGCGUGCUCCGGGGCGAGCUCGACGCGGCGAUCCAGAAGCGGCACCGCCUCGCCGUGACGAUCAAGGGCACGGUCUCCGAGACGCGCAUGCCGCCGGCGCUCAACGACGUGCUGAUCGCCCACCCGUCGCCGGGCGCCGUGAGCCGCUUCCGCCUCGACCGCGCGCGGAACGACGCGCCGGGCGUGCCGUCCGCGGACCACGGCGACGACGAGUACUCGUUCAACGUCUGGAGCUCCGGGCUCUGGGUGUCCACGGCGACGGGCGCGACGGGCGCCAUGGCCUCCGCCGGCGGCGACGCGGGCGUCGACAUCCGCUCGCCGGACCUCCAGUACAUGGUCCGCGAGCACCUCGUCGGCGAGAACGACGACAUCGCGUUCGUCCGCUCAAAGUCCCACGGCUUCGUCGACCCGCAGCACCACCUCCAGGUCCGCUGGAACUCGCAGCACGGCUGCGUCUACAUCGACGGCCACCACACCCGUUUUGACGUCGAGCUCGGCGACACGGCGCCGAGCGUCGACGGCGAGGACUGGCGCGCCUUCCGGGCGAAGCUCAUCGCGGGCGGCCUGGCGACGACGGAGGAGGCGGCGGAGGCGCCCGCGGGUCCGGCGACGGUCGGGUCCGGCGUGGGCCUCGACCCGGCGAACGAGGCGCUCGCGCGCGCGCAGAGCCCGAGCCUCGGCGAUCUCCUCGAGGAGCCGAGCUGGGCGCACGAGGUCGGCGCGCCCGAGGUCGGCGGGCUGCUCCUGCGGCUCCCGCUGGAGACGCAGCUCUGCGUCGCCCGCGACAGCUACUGGGGGAAGAAGCUGCGCGAGUUCCACGAGGCCGAGAAGACGCGCGAGGCCAUGGCCGAGGGCCGGCGGUCGGGUUUAGGCGCGUCCGAGCUGCCCGCGCGCGCGCCCGCGGCCGACGCGGGCGAGGGCGCCCUCGACGAGGUGCUGCUCUACCGCUGCGCGUCGCGGUUCCUGCGCCGCGAGCUCCAGCGCGUCGCGUCGAAGGGCCAGGUCGACGACAAGGGCCGGCUGCUCCUGGACCCGCGGACGCUGAGCGACGCGGACCGGGGCCUGCUGGACAUGCACCAGCGCUACCUCUCGACGUGGCAGGAGGUCGUGCUCGUGACGCGCCACGACGGCGCCGCCGGCUCCGACGGCGUCGUCCUCAACCGGCCCGCGGCGACGGAGAGCUCCGAUGAGCUCAGCGCCGCGUUGUGCGUCGCGCUCGAGCGCGAGGAGGGCGCGGACACGGUGGCGCCGGAGAACUUCCAGACGGCCUUCGGUCCCCGGCUGGCGGCCUACGUCGGCAAGCCCGCGCCGGGUGCCGCGCCCGCCGACGACGGCGAGGAGAAGGCGCAAAAGCCCAAGCAGACGGCGAUGAUCAUCCACGGCCUCGCGGGCCUGAAGGGCGCCGAGGAGCUGAGCCCGGGCCUGGGCAUCUACAAGGGCGGCUCCGCCGAGGCCGCGCAGCGCGUCCAGGACGAAUCCAACGACCCCUACGACUUCCGCUUCUUCAUCGGCAAGCACGAGUGGGCGCCGGGCGAGCUCGAGCGCGACAUCCGCGAGGGCCUCUACCGGCCCGCGGCCUGCAGCCGCGGCGUCGCGCUCAAGCAGUGCCUCGGCCUGCCGAAGCCCCUCUGGCACGAGGUCAUGGAGAUGCUCGGCGGCACGUCCGAGGAGAUCUCCAAGCUCGAGCUCCAGCGCCGCAAGGACAGCUGA